GUAGAUGUUCAAUCUGCAGAGCGAUCACGCAUAGCAGAGCAUCUCUCUCUUCCUCUUCUGUCUUUACUGUUUUGCGACGUGUCUGUAAUCCUGCUGUGCUGUGCUGUCAGGCUGCCUCUUUAUCCUGUAAACUCUCCGUCUUUUGAGGUUAGCCUCAGCUCCCGGCCCUUGUUUUAGUGGUCUUGUUCUUUUUACCACACGCAUUCCAUCAUGGCUGCCGUGAUAUCUCAACCAAGCACAGUUCACCUAAGAAUGAACCUCAUAUCCCAGUGUUUUGACACUCUUAGAGAAAAGGGACAUUUUGUUCACGAGGGCAGCUCCCGCACGAACUACGAGGCAUUCUGGGAACAGCUCAACAAUGGAUUCUCCCUCACCGCCACCAAACCAUACAAGCCAGGCAAUUCAAGCGUUGAGGCAUUUUACCGUGGAACGAUGUCCAGGAGUGAUUUUGUCGCUGACGUUGAAGAGCACAUAAUAAAGAGAGCUCAGGAUAAACUGGAUGCUAAUCUUGAUCCACUUCUCACAAUAUCGUGGGACGUCUAUAGCUCUAAGCCUGAUCGUAAGAUACUCUGUGAGACAGUCCAGAGACUCCUCGGUCGACAGCUCUGGGCCAUGUUCAAUAAACUGGACACAGAGGGUUAUGGGCAAGUACACAUCAAUGACAUCACGGAGCUGGUCAUGAAGAUAUUCUUAGCCAACGGUCAGCCUCAGUCUCCUGUACACAUUGCAGAGUGGUUUUGUAAUCAAGAGAGUGUUGAUUUCUGGUCUUUUUUCAGUGCAUUGGCCGAGAAACAUUACCACCUCCUCCAGAUGCACGUCAUUCAGUCACUUUAUGAGGAGGUUGUCCAUGAGAUAUUGAAGCAGGGGAAGAUGGUAAAGAAAGGCCACAAAGUUCAGACGUGGAAAGAAAGAUGGUUUGUUUUAACAAGCACUAACCUCAUCUAUUACGAGUCACUGGAAAACAGAAUACAAAAAGGUUUCAUCACAAUUAAUUUAAACACAAAGGUCGACACCUUGCCAGCUGCUAAAGGCCGCAACUACUUGUUUCAAGUUAUUGACGGCAUCACGCAAAGACCGUAUCACAUCUGUGCUCCUGAUCCACAGAUGCAGAAGGAUUGGAUAGAAGCCAUCAAAGUGGUCGUUGCUGCCCAGUCAGAGAGGGGCAGGAACCUAGUCCAUAGGCUAACAAUAUCUCGUUCUAAGUUAUUUCCAGAGUCUUCUUCUAGACUGCCAGCAUAUAGUUCAGUCCAGGCUACAGAUUACAAUGAUGGAGUAUAUAGGACAGUCAAACCCACUGCCCUACCACCUGCCAAUCACCAACAGCAGCAACACAAUGGUGCCACUUCUCCUGUUUCUGUUCCUUCCUCUUCUACCCAGCCUGAUUCCUUCUCUUCUCCUACUACUCCUCCAACUGUCCCAUCUCCUACUGAUCCUCCAUACACUGUUGGUAAUAAGAAGCGUGGUCCACCUAUAGUGCCCUAUCAUAAAGUUAGUACGGGGACGUUGGAGACAGAUUUUUCAGACGGAAGUGCUAAUUAUUCGUUAAUAGAAAUGGGCAAUAUUGAGGGCAGUGAUCAGGCUCCUCCCCCUCCUGUUCCCAAGUCGAGGGAACCACCCAAACCAUCAACUGAUAGACAGCCACCACUGGUCCACAAGACCAGUGCCUCUAAAAUUGAACACGUCACAGCUGGUGGGUAUGAUUAUGCGUUAGUCGAUAAAAUUCUUGAUGAUAUUGAUGAUGAUAAUAAAAAUGAUGAAACUCCACCUCCUCCAGUACCGAAAUCAAAGGGGCAGUCCUCAGUCCAGCCUUAUCAUCGUCAUGAUAAUGAAACUCCGCCCCCUCCAGUCCCCAAGCAAAAAGAACCAUUGUCGCCAUCAAAGUCCUUGGCGAGUGGUAGACCAGUACUCCCUCGUAAAGUGAGCGUUGAACAUGUUACAGCUGGUGGAUAUGAUUACGCAAUAGUUGAUAAAGUUUUGGAUAAUGAAGAUGACGAUGAGGACACUCAGACUCCGCCUCCUCCAGUUCCUAAAGGUGCUAAAGUAUUACCGUCUCUUCCUUUAGCUAGCAAUGGUUCCCCUCAACACAAUCCUUUCGUUAAACCACGUGGGGUUCACUCAGAAGGCAUCAGACAGCAACCAUCAAACGAUUUCGAUAACAGGAUUCCUGUUUUCUCUCCUUCAAAGAGCGGUCAACCAUUACUACCAGCGUCUGGAGCACCUGCUCCUAAACCAAGGAACAAGAUACCUUUAGGUGCCACAAAGAGCGUACCAAUUGCUACUUUUAUUGGGGAUAGCUCUGGUAGCUAUGCCCAGCUCUCCUUUAGUAACACAUCGACUGAUGAGACUGAUAAACCGUUAGAUGAUAACACUAGAGGUAAUGGAGGAUUAAGAGGACACCCUCUUCAGCAGCAGCAGCUGCCACAGCAACCUCCUCCUGUCAAGCCUUCAAUUGCACGGACCAAGUUUGAUUACAGCGACGUCAUAAUGUCACCUGUUGCUAGCAAAGACGUCGAUAAAGCUUUAGAACUAAAAGCUAAAAAACCUCCUCCUUCGAUGCCUGCUAGAUACGAUCCUAACUCUAAGAAAAUGAAUCCUUCGACUUCAGCUGGAGCCCUUCCAUUAAACACUAGCACUGAGCCAGCAAUUGUUGACGGAGUACCUCAUCCUUACCAGAAUAUACGCUACACUGGUGAGCCGGAGUCCCAAUCCUCUCACUCGUAUCAGAACGUACAUUACAAUCCACCAGCUGGUAGUGGUGAAGCACCUCCGCCCCCUGUCCCUCAAAGAUUGGAAUCAAAUCGUGGCGACCUUCAGCUAACAGGACCUGUACCACCUCCAAGGUCACCUAGAAGACCGGAUUUUUCUUCAAAUAAUGUUUUUCCUCCUCUCCCUCCUCGUUAGCUAGUGUGACACGAGAGUUUUUGUUGAUCUUCGAUAUUUUAUUUUUAAAUUGAGCACUUUUGUUUUUAAGACUCUUGAUUUUUAAAUCAGUGGCAAUUUUUAUCAUAGAUGUACAAUGAUAAUACUAAUAAUUUCUGUAGUAAUAUUAUUAUUGUUUUUAAUAUUAUUAUUUUUAUUGUUUUUAAAUACAUUUUAAACUUAUAGUUACUUGAAAGUGAGACAUUUUAAGAUUCUCAAUAUAGCUUUAUUAAUCAAAACAACAAUGAUA